GCUGUCAAAAUGUUUAUUUUGGUUUGUACUUUGUGUCGUACAGAAAAAAUAGGUUAUUCUAAUAUUAUCAUCUGAUUUAUCUUAUCUGCUGUCUGCGCUUAUCAGACACGCUGCUGAAACAAAGCAGCUGUCUGAUGAAAAUGUUGUUUUUGAAUACAUGUUGAUCGUGCAAAGUCGUGCGGGUGGUGCGCAUGCGCACCGCGGGCUGAUUCAUUGUGCAAGCCGAAAGUAAACCAAGUAAACGAAAACGAGCAAACGAAGCAAAGCAAAGGCAAGUUGGAGGUGCUGAGAGUGUGAAUUAGCGCAUCGCGAUCGUGAUCGUCAUCGAGUAAAUUAAAUGCGCGCCCAGCACUCCGCCGUCAGCAAGAACGGGUGUGUAUAGCGACUCGCGGGUGGGCAAAGACAGCAUUUCCCGCAUCCGCAGGUGCAAGAUGGCGGUGUCAAGAUAGUUUUCUCUCGGCGAUAAUAAAUCAAAGGGCGGUUUUGCGCCCAACUUUCCCGCAACCAUGAACGGGCUGAGCUUCAGCGAACUCUGCUGCCUGCUGUGCUGCCCACCAUGCCCGAGCCGCAUCGCCGCCAAGUUGGCCUUCCUGCCACCCGAACCCACCUACAACUUCAUCGCCGAAGUCAACGGCAAAUACUCCGUGGAGUUAACAGCGCGUGCUGAAUGGCAAUUCUCCGACCACGAUAAAGAAAACGUCGAGGGUUUCUACACGCGCACGCAGCGCGGUAAUAAAAUCGCGUGCGUCUUCGUCCGCUGCAGCAGCACAGCACGUUUCACAAUCCUCUUCUCGCACGGCAACGCUGUCGACCUGGGGCAGAUGAGCACCUUUUACCUUAAUCUAGGCUCUAGUAUCAACUGCAAUGUCUUCGCGUAUGAUUACUCCGGUUACGGACAAAGUGCAGGCAAGCCGUCGGAGAAGAAUCUCUACGCUGAUAUUGAAGCUGCUUGGCAAGCAUUACGCACCAGGUAUGGAAUCAGCCCGGAGAAUAUCAUCCUCUACGGGCAGAGUAUCGGAACGGUGCCUACAGUUGACCUGGCGUCGCGGUACGAAGUCGGUGCUGUCAUUCUACACUCGCCGUUGAUGUCCGGCAUGCGAGUUGCGUUUCCAAACACGAAACGGACGUGGUUCUUUGAUGCCUUUCCUAGUAUUGAUAAAGUUCCCAAAGUAACUUCUCCCACACUGUUGAUUCAUGGUACUGAGGAUGAGAUUAUAGACUUUACACAUGGGAGGACCAUCUUUGAGAGGUGUCCGAAAGCUGUGGAACCAUUAUGGGUCGAAGGCGCAGGUCAUAACGACGUGGAACUCUACCCGGCCUACUUGGACAGACUGAAGAAGUUCGUGAACGUGGAGCUGGUCAACUGACAUCAGCUGGUCGGCGGCGGCGCUGGCGGCGGCGGAGGUCUAAGCGCAUCAGACGAAUGCACAGCGAGCCUAGGCGCUGCAUCCGGCGCAUCAGACUCACCCGCAGCGGCCGAGAAGCUCUUCUAGCCCAAGCCGGUGGGCCCGGCCGCCGCCGCCCCCGAGCGCCCGGAGCCCGCCCUUCAAUCCCCGCUGCACCUACCCGAACGCCCACGCUCCGCCUCAGCGCGCAGCUCACCUCGAGCGCAGCUCAAGACCGCGCCGAAGACGCGCUCACUGCCCGUAUGCAACGGCGGCGGCAGCGGCGGCGCCCCAACCAGCAUUUCAACGUGCGUGAGUGCGUGCCGGUGCCCCAUUCUGGAAACCACCUGCUAGCGAACCACCCACACACACACAAAAUACACACUCAAACGUAAAUAAAUUAACAAAUAAACAAAACCAGAGAAAAGAAAAGAAAUACCUAAAUACUUAAAAAAAAAACACAAUUGACGCUCGAGUCAACAAUAAUAAUUUUAAUUCACUUUAAAUGAUAAAUUAAAACCAAGCGGUUCUAUGCUUGAUCAAUAUAUUGGUCAUUCACAUGACUAGUGACAAUCUUUCUCCGAAAAGUGAGGCAAUAUUGCAGUGAGACGCGUGCUAAUAUCAAUAUUAAUCACACCCUUCUAACCAGUUUUGCAACAAUGAAUUAUAUGAAUUAUAUCAUGAUCUCAUUCUUGCGCGAUUCUCCUUGAAUCGCAGAAAAUUCUUUUCAUUUUUUUUGUGCAAUCAAAGCAAGCAAAUCGAUCAACCAGCCGGAAUGAAACAAGAGAUUGGAAGCGGAUGUAACUCGAAGCUAUCUAAGUGUGUUCAUGUUCACAUAAGUUUGUUGUCGGUGUAAGCUGUUUCUACCGUAUCUAAGAUUUAAAACAUAUUGCUCAAGGAAUGUUUGGCGAGAAAUGACUGCCCCCUUCAUUUGGUUUUCAACUUCGAACUCCACAUAUACUUAAUUAUCAGUUAGCGAUGCACGAAUUUUAUUCUUUUUUUGUUAAUAUUUUGUGUUCUCUACGUCCCAAGAUACCUUUGAUCGAUUGUGAUUUGUGAUUAUGUUUUCGAUUCAAUGUAAAGCCCUCGAAGCCGGUGGGAAAUAAAUUCGAUUCUGCAUCGAACACUGAGAAUCUUAACACAAUUAUCUUGUAAACAUCUUGUAAUAACGAUAGCUUAAUAUUUAAAUUAUGGAUUAUAUAUGAAUAUGAUGUAAGUGUAAUUAUACGAAGACGAGGACUUUA